GACUGGCGACAGCUUUUUACCAUUUCUCUAAACCCCACUUUUGUCACAUUUCGCCUAAACCCUCCCCAAAGAUGCCAUUGUUAAUUACACCUUAAAUCUCGACUCGAACAAACCCCUCUCCCCAAAAUUAGGUCAAUCUAAUUUCUUACCAUUUGGGGACAUCGUCGUGUCGUAGAUCGACCCACAGAUCGAACACGAUGGAGGAGAAGGGGAGAUCGAGUGGAUGGUGUGGGUGGUUCUUGGUGCUCAUAGUUUUGGCUGCAAUUGGGCUCGGAAUCUUCUAUGCCGUAAAGCAGAAACAGCACAAAUCCGGCGGCGGCGCCGCCCCUGUUCCCGGCCCUCCCGGCGCCGUCGACAAGAAAUACGCCGAUGCCCUCAAAAUUGCAAUGCAGUUUUUCGACAUCCAAAAAUCUGGUAAGCUGGAGAAUAAUCGAAUCCCGUGGCGAGGGGAUUCCGCGACGAAGGAUGGAAACGCAGCUCAAUUAGAUCUUUCCAAGGGAAUGUACGACGCCGGCGAUCACAUGAAGUUCGGAUUCCCAAUGGCGUUUACAGCAACAGUCCUGUCGUGGACAAUACUCGAGUAUGGCGAUCAAAUGAAGGUUGUAAAUCAAUUGGAACCUGCUCAAGACAACCUUAAAUGGAUUACAGACUACCUCGUGAAGGCGCAUCCCUCCGAUAAUGUUCUCUACAUUCAGGUUGGAAGCCCGGAAGUGGACCACGCGUGUUGGGACAGACCGGAGGAUAUGUCCGAGGGAAGACCGCUGACACAAGUGAAUUCCUCGGCGCCUGGAUCCGAUGUUGCUGGCGAGACAGCAGCCGCUCUUGCAUCAGCAUCUCUGGUUUUCCGGACAUCAGAUUCUGCGUACUCGGAUUCCCUAUUAAAGCAUGCUAAACAGCUGUUUAAAUUCGCUGACGCGUAUCGAAAUUCUUACAGCGUCACCGUUCCUGAAGUGCAAAAUUUCUAUAACUCCACCGGCUUCGGCGACGAGCUUUUGUGGGCUGCCAGCUGGCUGUACCACGCGACGGGAGACAAAGCGUAUUUCGAAUACGUAACCGGGAAAAAUGGCGACGAUUUUGCGAAUUGGGGAAGCCCGACUUGGUUUAGCUGGGAUAAUAAGCUCGCCGGAGCUCAGGUUCUGCUGUCAAGAGUUAGUUUUUUUGGGGCGAAACCCAUCUCGACUUCCAAUGUACUUCGGAAGUAUAGAAGUUCGGCGGAGGCCGUAAUGUGUGGUCUCUUACCAAAAUCUCCGACAGCCACGACGAGCAGAACUGACAAUGGUUUGAUCUAUAUAAGUGAAUGGAAUUCGUUGCAACAUCCCGUGGCGUCGGCGUUUUUGGCAGCGAUUUACAGCGAUUACAUGCUGACAUCUCGAACUGCGACGAUAUCGUGCGACGGGCGUAAUUUUAGGCCUUCGGAUCUCCGGAAGUUCGCGACUUCACAGGCAGACUAUGUUUUGGGCGAUAAUCCUAUGAAACUGAGUUACCUCGUUGGGUAUGGUAAUAAAUACCCGCAGUUCGUUCAUCACCGAGGAGCGUCGAUUCCUGCCGAUGCAACAACAGGGUGCAAAGACGGAUUCAAAUGGCUCGAAUCAGAUCAGCCGAAUCCCAAUAUAGCUACGGGAGCGCUCGUCGGAGGGCCAUUUCUCAACGAAUCGUUUGUUGAUUCGCGAAACAAUUCUAUGCAAACGGAACCGAGCACGUAUAAUAGCGCGCUUAUCGUCGGGCUGCUUUCGAGCCUCGUCACGACAUCAUCGGUGGUACAAUCUUUCACUUAGUACUAUUAUUAUUUCGAUUGAUCAUUCGACGAAACCAUUGAGUGUAUGUGUAUGUAUAUGUGUAUGUCUAUGCCUUAUUGUUUGGCUGUAAAUUUUGGAAACUGUUUUGAAUUACUUAGAGAAAGGGAUCCGCCAUUGAUGAAUGCGGGAAGGUCUUGUACUAAAAGAUAGAACAGUAGUCGUGUAUGUUGUUUUCUUGGAUAAUUAAGGUUGAAAAAACAAUAGGAAUAACUUACAUA